AUGUCAGUGCCAUCGUCGGAGGAGGAGAAUCACCGGAAAACGGUGGAGGACAAGGCUGAGAUGGGGAGGAGAAAAAGGGCAAUGUGGGAAAGAAAGUGGAAGAGAUUGGACAUCGUGAAAGCUUCUGCUUCUCUCUUUGUGCAUUUCCUCUGUCUCUUAGCUCCUUUCCAUUUCUCUUGGCCAGCUUUACGGGUUGCACUCCUUGUCUACACGGUGGGUGGGCUCGGUAUCACCGUCUCUUACCACCGUAAUUUGGCUCACCGGAGCUUCAAAGUCCCUAAAUGGCUCGAGUAUUUAUUUGCUUAUUGCGGCCUUCUUGCCAUUCAGGGAGAUCCGAUUGAUUGGGUGAGCACACAUCGAUACCAUCACCAGUUCACAGAUUCAGAUAGGGACCCACAUAGUCCUAUUGAAGGCUUUUGGUUUAGUCACCUCCUGUGGCUAUUUGAUACCGGUUAUCUUGUUGAAAAGUGUGGAAGACGGACAAAUGUGGAGGAUUUAAAGAGGCAGUGGUAUUAUAAAUUCCUUCAAAGGACGGUCCUUUACCACAUUCUAGCAUUUGGUUUCAUACUCUACUACUUUGGUGGUUUGUCUUUUCUUACUUGGGGAAUGGGUAUUGGGGUAGCAAUGGAGCAUCAUGUGACUUGCCUCAUCAACUCUCUUUGCCAUAUUUGGGGAAGCCGAACUUGGAAGACUAAUGACACCUCUCGUAACGUUUGGUGGCUAUCGGUUUUCUCUUUUGGAGAAAGCUGGCACAACAAUCACCAUGCCUUCGAGUCAUCGGCGAGACAAGGCUUGGAAUGGUGGCAAAUCGACAUAUCUUGGUACAUCGUCCGCUUUCUCGAGAUUAUCGGUUUGGCUACUGACGUGAAGCUGCCGUCAGAGAGUCAACGCCGUCGUAUGGCAUUGGUUCGUUGA